UUCAUUUCAAACGCAUAUUACUCUUUGAAUUAAUUUACUGAAUGAUGAAACAUCAAAAUCAAACAUAAUAGAUCGUAACAAAAAAAUACAACGUCCAUUACUACUACUACGACCGUGGCGACGACGACGACUACGGCUACGACUGCGACUAGGACUACCACGAUGAAUACUACUACUACUACUACUACUACUACUACUACUACUACUACUACUACUACUACUACUACUACUACUACUACUACUACUACUACUACUACUACUACUACUACUACUACUACUACUACUACUACUACUACUACUACUACUACUACUACUACUACUACUACUACUACUACUACUACUACUACUACUACUACUACUACUACUACUACUACUACUACUACUACUACUACUACUACUACUACUACUACUACUACUACUACUACUACUACUACUACUACUACUACUACUACUACUACUACUACUACUACUACUACUACUACUACUACUACUACUACUACUACUACUACUACUACUACUACUACUACUACUACUACUACUACUACUACUACUACUACUACUACUACUACUACUACUACUACUACUACUACUACUACUACUACUACUACUACUACUACUACUACUACUACUACUACUACUACUACUACUACUACUACUACUACUACUACUACUACUACUACUACUACUACUACUACUACUACUACUACUACUACUACUACUACUACUACUACUACUACUACUACUACUACUACUACUACUACUACUACUACUACUACUACUACUACUACUACUACUACUACUACUACUACUACUACUACUACUACUGCUACUAUAGUUUCUAUUUUAGUUCAUUAUGUAAACUUACUUUAUAUUGAACUAAUUUUUGCAAUUCCUUUUUUUCUUUUUCGCUAA